CCCUCUCUCUCUCGGCCAAAACAAGGGAAAAAACAUGAAUUUGAAGAGAGAUAAACUCUCAUCCCGAUCCUAAUUUCUCUUCUUUCUUCCUUUUUCCGGUGAAUUUUGCAAGAAAGUUGACGUUUUUCGUGGUGGGUAUCCGGCAAAAUCUGCUACGUGUUGCUUAUUUUCCUCUGUUUUCAUAUUUGGAUCGAUGGGUUACUUACGCUCAGGGGAAAGAUCGUUCCUUGUCGGAGAGCAGCACAAGUGGGUGGAGUAAUUGUAUACAGAUGUAUUAAUUUCUUUUAGCAACAAUUCAGACCAGACAGGAUCAGUUGCUGCAACAUCCUCAACACUUGUCCGAACGACCAAACAGAUCCUUAUAAGUUCAUCUCUGAAAACAUAGCUACAAUUAAGCACCCAUCCUUAGAUCUCGGAACCCUUUUUUUGUUUUUCUUUCAGUUUAUUUUUUUUCCUUUAUUUCCCAUCUGAAAGAAGUUGUCAAAAACAACAUGAAGAGAUCACUUGGAAGCUCGGAAUCUCUCGGUGCUUUCAUGUCCGUCUGCAGAACUUCAGGAGCAGAUGAACAAAUGAUGAGUCCAAGAUCAACCACCAACUUUCUAUACACGAACGUCCAAGACUUUCCGGCGAUGAUCGAUGACGACGAGGGAUGCCACGUGGCGGUGGCCUGCGGCGGCGGGGAGAAGAAGCGGAGGCUGAGCGUGGAGCAAGUGAAAGCGCUCGAGAAGAACUUCGAGAUAGAGAACAAGCUCGAGCCGGAGAGGAAGGUGAAGUUGGCUAAGGAGUUGGGUCUGCAACCGCGACAAGUGGCGAUCUGGUUUCAGAACCGCCGUGCGCGUUGGAAGACCAAACAGCUCGACCGUGAUUACGGCGUUCUGAAGGCUAACUACGACGCCCUCAAACGCAAUCGCGACGCGCUUCAACGCGACAACGACUCCCUCCUCCAACAGGUUAUAUACUUGCUAUGUGUUUUUUUUAAUUAUGGUGCGAAUUAUAUCGAUCUUAUGAUAUAAGAUUGUUAAAGAGAUCGAUAUGGAUAAGUUUGUAAAUGUGGACGAAACUAUUAUUUAUUUAUUACCA